AUUGUUCAUGGAUUACUAAAAUGUCGCAUUCUGUUUUGAUACCAUCUCGCAUUUAAGGAAAUCAAUUUUCUUAAUUAUAGAUGAUUUUGGCACUAUAUUUAGCGUUCUCACAAUAAGCAGUGGUUACAUUUUGUCUUUAUUCGGAAGCCAUGAAUACCACAGCGCCAACUUCUGCUGAUGCCUGCCUUAGUAUAGUUCAUUCUCUCAUGUGUCAUCGGCAAGGAGGAGAAAGUGAAGGCUUCUCAAAACGUGCCAUAGAGUCACUUGUAAAGAAACUGAAAGAAAAAAGGGAUGAAUUGGACUCUUUGAUUACAGCAAUUACUACAAAUGGAGCUCAUCCUAGCAAAUGUGUCACUAUACAGAGAACUCUUGAUGGACGCUUACAGGUUUUUUAAUCAUAUUUACCUACCUGUGAAAAUAUGGCAAUCAAGUUAUUGGAAAAAGUCAUUUGCGGGUGAAAUAAAUUAAAAUUCUAUAUAUUAAAGUUUACCAUGCUACAACUAUAUUAUGGUUGUAGCAUGGUGGGGUCGGCUUGAUAGGGAAAGAACAAUACUUAUGGAAUAUCAGUGUGAAAUAGCAGCUUAAUGCUGUGUUUUCUUUGGUGUAUGUGGAAAACCGAUAUAAAAAAUAUUAUAUCAAAGAUAUGUGAAGUUCUCUAACCACCAAUGGGACAAGUCCAUGGACACUUCCUUGCCCUAAACCCUCUCAAAAAUGAGAGGAGGCCAGUGCUCAGGAGAGGGACAUGUAUGUGCUGGAAGUUUACCAUGAAUUUACAGUGCUUAUUUAAAAAUGUCACUAUGGAAGCAACAAUUUGAAGACAAUCUGAUGUCAAUUUAUUAUCUGAUGACAAUUCUGAUUCAUUUAGAAAUGUGUUGUUAUGCAUUUAAUUCAUCAGUCUGAAAUUCUUACUAAAUCUUAUGUUUUGUAUAUAGGUUGCUGGUCGAAAAGGAUUCCCUCAUGUGAUUUACGCACGCAUUUGGCGUUGGCCAGACCUACACAAGAAUGAGCUGAAACAUGUUAAGUUUUGUCAAUUUGCUUUCGAUCUAAAAUGCGACUCAGUUUGUGUAAAUCCUUACCACUAUGAGAGAGUCGUGUCACCUGGAAUUGGUAUGUAUCAUGUUUGUAUGACUUAAUAUUCAUGUAGUCACAAAGAAGUGUCAUAAUUUAUAAUAUUUAUAUAAAAAUAAAUAUGUAAUGUUUAAAUAUUUUUUGUUCGAUCAGUGUUUCGGAUGAUUUUAGCAGAAAUAUUUGAUUACUCUGUCAAAAUAUCAAAAGUCCUUAUAAAAAGUGAAAUAUCAAAACUUUUUAGUACCUUUACAAAAUUUAAAUGGGAGACUGUAAUGAAUGGUACAUAAACAUAAACACUCACGCCUGUCACUCAGAGGGGUAGGCACAGACUAUGGACUUCCAUUUGGCAUUAUCCUGACACACUCUCUCUCCUGACACUAUCUCACUUCGUCCACAUCCAUAUACCAUACGCAUACACGCUCGUCGGUUAAAGGUACUCUUAAUUAGGCACAUUUUCCAUAUAUCGCCAAUUUGGUCGAUAAACUUUCGCCUAGGGCAUGCCUUCCCGACUUUGCCAUUGACCUCUGCAACAUAAAUUUGCUUUGUCACUUUCCUGAUUAAUUCUUUCUACAUGACCAAACCACCGAAGUAUUCCUUUCUUAAUCCUUGUCACAACAUUUACUGCUAAAAAUAACCCCUUUGUCGUAUCUUCUCAGUUUCAAGGUACUCCCCUUGUUGCCUCAGCCAGUAUCGGAAUCCUCGGCGUUGACAUAUCGAGUGACGUGCAGUUUCGUUGUCACUUGGAAAAGAAGGCCAAAUUGGCCUCUAAAAAGCUUGGCGUGCUCAGCAGAGCGGGACAGUAUUUCAUGCCAGCUCAACGCCUGCAACUUUACAAGGUGCAGGUUCGGCCUCACAUGGAAUACUGUUCCCAUCUCUGGGCUGGGGCUCCCCAGUGCCAGCUCCUUCCACUUGACCGCAUUCAGCGCAGAGCGGCUCGAAUCGUCGACGACCGAGUCCUUUCCGAACGGCUGGACUCAUUGGCGCUGCGAAGAGAUGUUGCAUCUCUUUGCAUUUUCUUUCGAAUUUACCACGGGGAGUGCUCUGAGGAAUUGUUCGGAUUAAUCCCAGCCGCCAAAUUUCACGAACGCACAUCGCGGCAGAACUCCGGAUACCAUCCACACCAUCUGGAUGAUUGGCGGUCCACCACUGUGUGAUUUAGAAGAUGUUUUCUUCCUCACACAACUUCGUUGUAGAAUAGUUGACCACCAGCGAUUUUUCCGGACCGAUACGACUUAGGGACCUUCAAGAAAAGAGCCUACUCCUUUUUAAAAGGCCGGCAACGCAUCUGCAAUUCCCCUGGUGUUGCGGUUGUUCAUGGGCGGCGGUAGUCACUUACCAUCAGGUGAGCCGCAUGCUCGUUUGCCCCUACACCUAUAAAAAAAAAAACUACAUCUAGCAAACCACACUCUUCUCUUAUCAAACAAUUUCUCACCCUGUCAUUCAGAUUCUGGUACAAUGCAAUGCAUGUGCAUUUUGAUGCUGUAAUGCAACAUUGCCAUACUUAUACUGGCUAUGGUAUCUCUCUUGUUAUAGUAUUUCUUACCCAGUUACGAGGGCGGCACUGAAAAUUUCGGGAAUCAAGGAAGUGAGACAACAUUACUAUUUAAAAAUGUAUUUAUUGCUUUUCGAAGUAUUCUCCGCGGAAUUUGACACAUUUUUCCAUACGAUGGAACCAAUCAUUGAAGCAACCAUUCCCUUCUGAUGUUGGGGUCUCCAAAAUGGUCGUUUUGUAGGCGUCCACAGCUUCUUCAGGUGAUGAAAAUCUCUGUCCACGCAAUUUAUUCUUUAUUUUAGGGAAAGUAUAGAAAUCAUUAGGGCUUAGGUCGGGGCUGUACGGCGGAUGGUCUAAUAAUUCUGUUUUCUUGCUCUAAAAACUCUUUUGUUCUGUGUGUGGUGUGAGAACUCGCAUUGUCGUGAUGGAGGAUGAUGCGGCGGUUACAGUUCUCUUUACGGAGUUCAGAAACGACCUGUGGCAAACAAAUGCUAGCAUACCAUUCUGCAUUAACCGUUCUUCCUCAAGAGGAAUAGUCGUAACAUGGCAGGUUUUGGAGACAAACGUGGCCACCAUUUUUUUGCAACACCUCGUGAACGAACAAUUUUUGUUUUCUUUAACUCAUUUUCGAACACCCAAACUCGUGACUGGUUUUUUGUUUCGGGUUCGUACGCGUAUAUCCAGGAUUCGUCACCUGAUACGAUGUUGUAUACCGCAUUUGAGGAUCCUGCGUGGAAUCUUUCGAGAGUUCUGACGCACCAAGUAACGCGAGCCGCUUUUUGCUCUUCAGAGCGAAUGCGGUAUCCAUCGGGAAAACAACUUUUUUACACCUAAUUGUUCAUGCAAGAUUAUUUGUAUUUGACUCAUGCCAAUGUCUAAAGUUGCCUGAAUUUCGCGGUAUGUCACAUAUCGAUCUUCCUUAAUCAGCUUACGCACAGCAUCAACGUUUUCUUGGGUGACUGCAGUUUUUGGACGACCUUGACGGGGAUCAUCACUGAGCUUGACACGUCCACGUUGAAAUUCAGCAAACCAGCAAUAAAUUGUGGUUUUGGAUGGGGCUUCAUCACCAAAUGCAGAAAUCAUCCGGUCAACACACUGUUUUUGUGUUAAACCAUUUCGAAAGUCAUAAUAAAUCAUCAGUUGUGAGAAGACCAAGAAUCUUUUUUUAAAUAAAUAAAUAGUAUUCGAUUUUUAAAACCAAGGAGUUUUCAAUUAAAAAGAUUUUAAUAUGACACCAACAGUGGAAACAUUCCAUUCCCGAUACUUUUAGUGCAGCCCUCGUAUUUAAGUAAUCUGAGAUUUUUCAGACAUUUUUCUUUGAGGACAAACAACUUGGAAGUUUGGAGGAAUGACUUUGACUAAACAAGUUUGACAAAACCUUGUGAGAAGACCGAGAAUCUUUUUUUAAAUAAAUAAAUGGUAUUCGAUUUUUAAAACCAAGGAGUUUUCAAUUAAAAAGAUUUUAAUAUGACACCAACAGUGGAAACAUUCCAUUCCCGAUACUUUUAGUGCAGCCCUCGUAUUUAAGUAAUCUGAGAUUUUUCAGACAUUUUUCUUUGAGGACAAACAACUUGGAAGUUUGGAGGAAUUCUUACAUAAAAGGGGAUAAUAAGUCGAAAGGCGGAUUUAAGCUGAAGGUGCAUUAUUUGUCAGCACCGUACGCGCCGUACGCUCCGCAUUUAUUGAUGGCCUCGCACAUUGGCGCCUUCUUUUGUAUUGCCAACAACUUAUGCCGUUUUUUCCAACUACUGGUGUGAAAUGGUACAGUGACAUUGAUUGCUCGCAAUCGCUUGAAUAGCUAUGGAAAAAUUGUCGUUGUAACGGCCUACUUAUUGCAGAGG